AAGGGUUAUAAAGCAAGCUAAUUCCACUAUAAAUGGUGCUCUGAGAAGCACCGAUCCACGAUAAAUCAUCUGUGCAGUGACAAGACUUACGAUGGCUUCCCACGUGAUUGUUAAGUUCAUCACUGCCGCAAUUCUUAUCGGAUCCUGCUAUGCAAACUACUGCGACCAAUCUCUGUGCAGGCGGGGACCGCACGUGGCCUGCAAUGCUCCAACACAAUUCGGAAGUGCAUGUGGCCAGGAACCGAAAUUCGUGAAGAUGGACGCCCGGAUGAAGAACCUUCUCCUGAAGAAACACAACGAACUACGCGCCGAAAUCGCCUGCGGAAAGCACGGUUUUCCGCAAGCAGCUCGAAUGCCGACUCUCGUAUGGGACGACGAAUUGGCCCACAUUGCGUCCUUUAAUGCCCGGAAGUGCAUUUUUGCGCACGAUAAAUGUCGAAACACCCGCGAGUUCAAAUUCGCCGGACAGAAUUUGGCCAUUACGGCUUUCGCUGGGUACAACUUCCAAGCUGCGGACCGAGCAGAGAACUUCACACAGGAGUGGUUCAACGAACACAAGGAUUGUCCCAAGUCGUACGUCGAUUCGUAUCCAAUGAGUCACAGCGGACCCCAAAUUGGACACUUCACGCAGAUGGUCAACGAUCGGGCAUGGAAGAUGGGCUGUUCGAUGGUGCACUACAAGAAUGGAAGGGUCAUCAAAUAUUACUUGGUGUGCAACUACUCGAUGACCAACAUGAUUGAGGAGCCAAUUUACACCAGGGGUAGUGCCGGAUCGAAGUGCCAAACAGGACAGAACCCUCAGUAUCGCGGUCUUUGCAGUCCACGAGAAAAGGUCAGGUCGGAAUCGUACAGAGGCUAAUCGGAAUUGUGUGCUGGAAUGAAGUAUCUUUUGAAUAUGGAUGAAAAUAAUAAAUUUGAAUAUGUCGAAUUGGAAA